AUGGAUGAGAUUGCUCCCGAGUACGAUGUCGUGGUGCUCGGCACUGGCUUGACCGAGUGUGUGCUGUCUGGUGUCCUGAGUGUGAAGGGCAACAAGGUCCUUCACAUCGAUCGCAAUGACCACUAUGGCGGUGAGGCGGCUUCUGUCAACAUUGAGACACUGUUCAAGAAAUAUGGCAAUGUCCGCCCCGGCGAGGAACCUUGGAAGAAGUACGGGCGCGUCAACGACUGGAAUAUCGACCUGGUCCCGAAGCUGCUGAUGGCCAACGGCGAAUUGACAAACAUUCUGGUGUCCACCAACGUCACCCAGUACCUCGAGUUCAAGCAGAUUGCUGGCAGCUACGUCCAACAAGGCAAAGGCACCAAGACGACGGUGGCCAAGGUUCCGUCGGAUGCUGGUGAGGCUCUGCGCUCGUCUCUGAUGGGCUUGUUCGAGAAGCGCCGGGCCAAGAAGUUCCUGGAGUGGGUUGGCGAGUUCAAGGAGGACAACCCUGCCACUCACCAGGGUCUCAGUAUCGGAUCGUGCACGAUGAAGGAGGUCUAUGACAAGUUCGGUCUUGAGGAUAACACUCGGGAUUUCGUCGGUCACUCCAUGGCCUUGUUCCCUUCGGAUGAAUACAUCACCACGCCCGGCAUGGCCGUCGAGACCAUCAACCGCAUCCGCCUGUACGUCAACUCCAUGGCGCGCUACGGCAAGUCGCCCUACAUCUACCCUCUAUACGGCCUGGGCGAGCUUCCGCAGGGUUUUGCCCGUCUGUCAGCCAUCUACGGCGGCACGUACAUGCUGAACACCCACGUCGAUGAGGUCCUCUAUGACGACAGCGGCAAGGUCUCCGGCAUCAAGGCCACCAUGAAGGACCGCGAUGAGGGGACCGAUGCCAUGAAGUUCGAGACGAAGACGAAGAAGAUUAUCUGUGAUCCUUCCUACUUCCCCAGCAAGGCCAAGGUCACUGGAUACCUGCUGAAGGCGAUUUGUAUCCUGAAGCACCCCAUUGACAAGACCGACGGCAGCGACUCGCUGCAGCUGAUCAUCCCCCAGUCUCAGGUUGGGCGGAAGCACGAUAUCUACAUUGCGAUGGUCUCGUCGGCCCACAACGUCUGCCCCAAGGGCUACUACAUCGCCAUUGUCUCUACCAUUGCCGAGAAUGACGCCAACCACCACUUGGAGCUGCAGCCCGGCUUCGAGCGCCUGGGUGAGAUCGAAGAGAAGUUCAUGGGCCCUCCGAUCCCGCUGUACGAGCCUCUCGAGAGCGGCGAGAAGGACAACAUCUUCAUCUCCAAGAGCUACGAUGCGACGUCGCACUUUGAGACCACCACCGAUGACGUUCGGGACAUGUACCGUCGCGCGGCCGGCGAAGAGCUGGUGGUUGAAGGGCUCCGGGAAGACCAGCAGCUCGUUCAGGAGUAA